GUUCGUCACGAGUGCCAGUGUCGAUUCGAAAUAAUAGACGUUGAAAUUUUAUGCAAAUUCAACCAAGAAUCAACACUUGUAUAACGGCACGAAGUAUGUCGCCGACAAACAUCCCGUCGAUAUGGACUCAAAUGGGCUAUAUACCGCCGCGAGGUUCAUGCCACCACGGGAAGACUAUACUUCACUCAGGUUGUCCAUGCCAGAGAUUCAUGGCUCAUCCAUUAAAGAUGGCAUCGUCGUUCCAAUGUGACGGGUGUGGGCAUCACGCAUGUUUUCAUGAUAUGGAGAACCCAAAAGACGAUGCCGUGUUCAAACGUUUGCAGGACGCCGAGAGGGAGAUCAGGCAGAUACAGGAUGGUCUAGGCGUGAGGAAGCGACCCAAGACGGCUAUAGAAGAUGGGAAUUCUGGUCAGGGGAUCACUAGUGCGAGUAGCUGUAUCAGUGUCGGUGGCAGUGGGAGCAGGAGAGCCACCAAGAAGGCUACUGGAACAAGAAGUACAAGACAGCAGAACCGAACCCAGCUUGAACUGGAUGAGCUGGAGCGUGUUUUAGAGUUGUCCGAUGAAUGAGGUGACCCCGGAGGAUCCUUUCCAACAGCUAUGCAGCAUUCAGCCAUUUGAAGGACAUUGAAAGAUACCCCUGAAAAAUGUUAGCUUCGACAUUUGAGUUCUCUGGCAUACAAUAUCAUAAUUAAGCAAAUCUACGGAC